UAGGCAUGUUUAUUAAAUGACCUCACGACUAGUGUAAGUUUCAUUUACGGCGCAAUGGAAAAGUUUGCCGUCGAUUUGGACAAAGUUUUGGACGAUUUCGAAUUUAACGAAGAUUGUGCAGAGCAGAUAGCAUCAAUUAGUUCUGCAUCGAACAAUUCGUCAUCUUCUGUAGUCAAAUGUAACUUGGAACCCUCAACAUUAAAGAAUUACAAUUAUCUUCCAAUAGACUCAAGGAAAACUAAUAGAGAAUGUGAUACUGUUGUAUUGCCUCUGGAAAGACAUAAGGAUUCACAACAAAAUGCAAAAACUAUAUGCGUCGAUGAGAAGAAUAUGCUUCCUGAAAAUUUAGACUAUACCAGGGAGGAAGCAACAUUAGAUGGCACGGAAAGUGUUAAUCAUUUUUAUAUGCAAGAAUGUUCAAAUGACAGUAAGGUGACACAGAAGCAGUCUGUCCUGCCUUACAAUGCUGAGCCAAUUCCUCUAACAAUACAUAAUGACAUAUCUCAAAAAUUAAUGCAGAAACAGCAGAAUGGUGGUAGUAGUCCAAAGAUUGACAAUAGGUAUGAUAAAAAAUUAAAUCAGUUUAAUCUCAAGCCUAGUGUUAGUAAUGUCUUCAGCAGUCUGAAUGAAUACAUAAAUGCACCACCGGGAAGUUCAGAUUAUAUUCACACCACAUUAGACAAACAAGAAAUACAGUCUGACACAGAAACCGAAGCUAUUCAUUGUGGAAUUGAAGAACCUCAGCUAAUUCAAAGUGCUGCUAAAGAUAUCGAUAACAGUGUAAAUAUAACGUGUAAGCAAGUAAACGAUGUAACAAAUACAAGUAGAGAAGUCUUCAUUCCAGUUCAUCAGAAUGUUCCAGUGUCGAUGAGAAUAGAACUUCCCCUUACACUCGACGGUGAUACCAAUGAAGAUAAUGCAAAAAAUGUUCAUGCCACAGCACUUAAAAGAACGAAAGAUGAAAUUGUAUCAUCUAAAGCUGUCGCGGUAACUGAAGCUUGUAGCAAAUUAAGUAACGAAACAGAGGUUGUCAAUGAAACAGACAGUGGUGAACACAAUUUUGAGUAUGUACAUACAAGUACUGAUAUUGUAAAACAGGACAGUAGUUCAACGUUUAAGGGUGAUGGUUACGAAGAGGAAUCAGCAAUACAAUCGGACGAGAGCACGAAAAAAUUGUGUACUAGUAGUUCUGAAUCGGUUGAUAUAUCCGAGAAGAAUUCACAUUCAACAGGUAAACCAUUUGGAUUUGGUAACAUUGAUGAUUUAUCGGAAAAUGAAUUGACUAAGUAUUUAGCCGAACUGGAAGAAGAAGAGGAAUUUAAUGAAAAGAGUGGCAAGCAUCAAACUGGAAUAGGAACUGCAAUGCAAAGCAUGGAACAAGAACGAACACACGAAGCACAAGUUCCAAAAGACAUAGAACCUGCCAAACUGAUGGUAAAAGACUUAAUCGAUAACGUAGGAAACAUUUCAGUAAUUGACUAUAAAACAGAGGAAAUAGACAAAGAAUCACCUAUUCAUGAAGUGAAAAAAGAAAAUCAACAGUGCGACAAUCAGAUAGCAGAAGACAAGUACAGUGAUAUUUUAGAUAAUGCAAACAGUAAAGAUAUGGAGGAAGAAGAGAAAAUCGAACACGAAGAUGAUCAUGUAACUUCAGAAAAUGAAUAUAUGUCUGAUGCAAAAGCUGUUGAAGAUGUCCAAGAACACUGUACAUAUAAAUUAAAUAUGGAUAGAGAAUUAUUGAAUAACGAUGAAAUUGAAGAACAACUGGGCGAACAAACAGAAGAUGCUGAACAAUACAAUCAAGUUUCUAAUUUGCAGCAAGAAGGAAAAAGCAAUACUUACAGUAAUUCUGAAGAACAGAAUUUACCGGUGUCUGGUUUAGAAGUAUCGGAUGAUACAGCAUAUCGUUGCGACAACACAGUGUCAAAUUCUGCAGACAUUUUCCCAAGAACAAAUACGAGUAACGCGACUGAUGAAUCCGAGAAACCAGUGCGUCCUCAGACUUUGGAUAUUGUUUUGUCAAAUAAUACAAAUGGACACCAGACACUUGGUUCUAUGAGUGAAAUACCAGCUGGUCAAAGGCAAUCAAAUAUUGAGGGGCCAGCAGAAGAUCAGGAAUCUUCGCCGGAUAUUUUGGAUACUUCCCUACCAGAAUCUAAUUCGAUUCUGGGAAAACAACCACCGUUUUGGGUUCCAGACAGUGAUGCACCCAGUUGUAUGUUCUGCGAUGUAAAGUUUACGGUACUUAAAAGGCGGCAUCAUUGCCGUGCAUGUGGGAAGGUUUUAUGUAAUAAAUGUUGUAAUAUGAAAUACAAAUUGGAAUAUCAAGGAAACAUUGAUUCCCGUGUUUGUGUUUCGUGUCAUCAACUUCUUACAAAAGCCGAAGCAGAGCAAAGUCUUGGAGAAUGGUCUCCUGGUUACUCUACAUGCAUGACUAACAACGAUAUUAAUUCACCACAGGGGAGACAGCCUAAUCCAAAUAAUCCCAUGGAGUACUGUUCAACUAUACCACCCUUGCAACAGUUAGCCGGUGGAUUGCCUCCACCACCUUCAGUCAUGGUACCCGUUGGAGUUCUUAAAAGAGAGGGUGGUACAAAAAACCGGCCAGAAGUUUCAAAGUCUGUUAUGUUCAGCGAUGGAAUAAGGCCUGGCUGUGACCUGACAGAACUAGACAUGUCCGGGGACACGAAACCGCUGUAUCGGAAACCUGGGAGCAAGAGGGCACCUACACCUGGAUCGUCCAUGCCGAGUACUUCUAUAAAAAGGCAGAAUUUACCACGUCUGGACCCGAACACCGAAAGUUAUGUGCCACAGGAUCCCCAUAUUCUUCCUCCAACUGUAACGAUACACAAAGGACAGGUAUCGUACCAUGUUGUGAUGGAUGAAGGCCUUCUCUACAAAACGCUCAAAAACGAAUGUGAACCACCUGUUCUGUUUGCAAUUAAUCGGAAUCUGUAUGCCUUUGUUAAAAUACUAAAUUUAAAUUGUUGUAUAAACAAAAUAUGUUGGAACGUGGUGUCCAAAGGAUUGGCGUGCGUGGGACAAGAUGAAGUUAUACUAUUAAUUGAAACAUUACCGGAUGAGACUCGGAUUCCAAUAGAUCUGUUUGUCUUCAUUAAUCAGUUGUACCUCGAAGCCAUUAAAGGGAACACCGUCUCCGAGUUGGGAUUUUCGUUAUAUCAAGGAGGAAAUCUUUUGGGUUCCCGGGAGCAUGCAGGAUUCCUUUUUAUACGGCAAACAUUACAGUGUUUGCAAAAGAUUGUGUUGCCUCCAGCCCCCUUCUUAGUCGGUCUUUUAGUACACAGGUGGGAAACACCAUGGGCCAAAGUAUUUCCGUUACGUCUUGUUUUACGUCUUGGCGCUGAGUAUCGUUACUACCCUUGUCCAUUGUUCUCAGUACGAUUUCGUGACGCUUUGUACUUCGAGAUUGGGCACACGGUUAUGAAAGUGCUGGCAGAUUUUCGAAACUAUGGAUACACGUUACCAAGCGUAAGGAGCUUGACGAUACAUUUGAGAAACAGAAUGACGGAUGUAAUGUUUCCGAAGAACCGAUACGAUCAAGUGAUUAAAGGGUUGAAUAACUCAAACGAUCACGUGUUAGCCUAUGCCUCGAAUUUUAGCAUAACCGCCGACUCGCAUUUAGUUUGUAUACAAACGAAUACGGGUGAUGAAAGUAGUUAUCAGACGCAGGCGAUAAGUAUCAAUAAUAAACCAAGAACAGUAACGGGAACAAGUUUUAUUGUCAUUAACGGCGCGUUAAAAUCAUCUAUGGGACUAUCAGCCAAGUCCAGUAUAGUUGAAGACGGAUUAAUGGUGGAAAUAAUGCCUGAGAAGAUGGAAGCUUUGAAGGCGGCACUAAAAAAUAUGCAGGACUUUUCGAUCGGUUGUGGUCGACAGGGUGCACCUGAACCCGAUGAAACAGUGAACAUAAAGUGGGUGGAAAAUGAUGUGCAGUUCAAUUUAGGGGUCAAAAGUCCCAUCGAUGGGCAACUAAUGGAUGGUAUUCCCUCCAUCAGAGUACACAAUGGUACUGAUUACAAGGGAACGAGUAGAUUUAUCCGUUGGACAGAAGUAUUCAUAAUUAAAUCUGAUGAUCAUCCAAACGGUCUUCACGAUCCCUUGGACAUAAAUAAAUUAUCCGGAAACAUAGCGAAAGCCACUUCCAUGGCUUUGGUGAAAUUACUGGAUCUCCUAGCUACUGCUGGAUUCACAAAACUCGGUGUUAGGGCAACUAUUCACCCUGACAACGUGGGUUACGAAGCCGGUAGCGAAGGUAUGAAAUUGCCACCGAUCUACAUGAACAGUUUGGACAACGAAUUAAUUCAAGUUCUGCACAGAGCAGUGCAAAGCAGUCAAGAUACGCAUACUGUGCUUGAAUUAAUUUUUUAUAUACUUGACGAUUGAACUCCCCCCCCCUUCUGUUCACGCCUGUUUCAUCAAAGAUUUUCCAGACAAAACAUAGGAAUAGACAGGUUGCCACGUUUGUACGCUAGAAAUAUAAAAUUGAAGGACUCGUAAAGAAUACCGACGUAAAUCCCUCGGAACAAGGAGAAAAUAUUUUCUGAUUGUAUGCUCACCUACAUAGAGAACAAAGAAAACG